AGUGGGGUGUUUAAUGCAGUAUAGGGGAUUUAAUACGUCGUGUGUAUAGAAUAGUUUACAAUUACAACAACUUUAAAAACAGAGCGCCUUCCAUUACUGCGGUGCUUCCACUGUACUACGAUUGUCAUAUGUUCUGAAAAGCACUGGGUUGUUUACUAAUAUGCAGGUUGUAUAACUGAAAGGAAUUAAAUAUGCCUCACAGUAUGAAUUCUGAAAUACAAUUCGUACUUAAUUGGACUUUGUUAAUGAUCUGAGUGGAGAACCGCACACAUCAGCUCUCAGUGUUUCAUGAUUCUUCACGAUGAGGUGGAAACUGCUAUUACCACUUAUUACAAGGUCCCAAAUACUGAUUUCUACUCACCAUGUAUCUUCUUUGCCACAUCUUCACUGCUCGGAUUUCAGCACCCAUCCUGCAUGUAACUGCUGUGGGCACACCUUGGGUUCCAACCUGAACACAAAAUUGGCACUGGUUAACACAUCUUCUAUCACAGUGUCAGGAUGUAAUCUUCCUUUACAUUUUCCAUGCAUCUGUACACGUGGAUAUGCUAAAGGGAAGGCCAGAGGAGGUGACAAGAAGACUGACAAAGGAAAGAAGAAAGUUGAAAUAAGUGACGAACAACUUGCAGAGGUAAUAAAAAUUGAUGCCAUGAGAACCCAAAUGCAAAAAGCAGUUGAUCGAUUGAAGGAAGAAUAUGUGAAAAAUCUUUCUCUUAGAUCAACAACAGGUUCGAUUGAGACACUCCGAGUAAGUCUUGAUGGGAAAGAAUAUGAAUUACAAGAACUGGCACAGAUAGUACGUAAAAAUCCCAAGACGAUUGUUGUCAACAUGACAUCAUUCCCUCAGGCAAUCCCUGCAGCUCUUCAGUCUAUAGGCAAGAGUGGCAUGAAUAUAAAUCCGCAGCAGGAUGGUACCACUCUGUUCAUACCAAUUCCAAAAGUUACUAAAGAACACAGGGAGAAUCUUGCUAAAAAUGCAAAAGCACUCUUUAUAAAAUGCAGAGAUUCAGUAAGAGAAGUACAGAACAAAUAUGUGAAAACCGUAAAAAACAAUACCACUAUCUCACAAGAUUUAGCAUAUAAUAUACAGGAACAGGUUACUGCUCUUGGUGACCAGUAUAUAUCUCAGGGGGAGAAGAUAUAUGAAGCAAAACAGACUGAAUUGAUUGGAAAAGACUAACAAGUAACAGAAAUGAAUAUGUCUGGGAGGAAUGUGUUUGACAUUUUUAGUCUAAUUACAGUGUGUACUUGUAAGAAGGUAUACAUGUGCUGAAUAACUGUAGUGAACAAAAAUGGAACGUGAAUUAAAAAUUAAAUUCUGAUUUC